CCCGCCCCCAAGAUGUCCCUGGAGUGGCUGGGGGCCUGGGGCUGGUCCCUGGACAGCCUGCGGGACUGCGUGGCCAGCGGCAUGCAGUCGGUGCGCGACUGCGACGCCAGCGCGGCCGUGACCGUGGGCUGCCUGCUCUUCCUCUUCGUGUGGUACUGCUACCGCGUGGGGCGUGAGCAGCCGCGGCCCUACGCCUCGGUGGGCGCCCUCCUGCAGGGCCCCGAGGCGGGCGCGCUGCAGAACGGCUUCGCCUACUGCCAGUCGCCGGCCUGCGUGCGCUGCAGCCCGGGCGAGGGCCUCAACCAGAAGCUCUACCACAACCUGCAGGAGUACGCCAAGCGCUACUCCUGGUCGGGCAUGGGCCGCAUCCACAAGGGCAUCCGCGAGCAGGGCCGCUACCUCGCCAGCCGGCCGUCCAUCCAGAAGCCCGAGGUCUUCUUCCUGCCCGACCUGCCCACCGCGCCCUACUUCCCCCGCGACGCGCAGAAGCACGACGUGGAGCUGCUGGAGCGCAACUUCCCCACCAUCCUGUGCGAGUUCGAGGCCCUGUACAAGGCCUUCUCCAACUGCAGCCUGCCGCAGGGCUGGAAGGUGAACAGCACCCCCAGCGGGGAGUGGGUCACCUUCUACCUGGUCAACCAGGGCGUGUGCGUGCCCCGGAACUGCAGGAGGUGCCCACGGACGUACCGCUUGCUCGGCAGCCUGCGGACCUGUAUCGGAAACAACGUGUUCGGGAACGCGUGCAUCUCCGUGCUCAGCCCCGGGACGGUCAUCACGGAGCACUACGGCCCCACCAACAUCCGCAUCCGCUGCCACCUAGGCCUGAAGACGCCGAGCGGCUGCGAGCUGGUGGUGGGGGGUGAGCCACAGUGCUGGGCCGAGGGCCGCUGCCUGCUCUUCGACGACUCCUUCCUGCACACGGCGCUGCACGGAGGUUCCGCGGACGAGGGCCCACGGGUGGUCUUCAUGGUGGACCUGUGGCACCCCAACGUGGCCGCCGCCGAGCGGCAGGCGCUGGACUUCAUCUUUGCCCCGGGACGAUGAGCUGGCGGCCCGCGCUGGAGUCGGG